AUGGAUUAUAAGGAUGAAAAUGAUACAAUUGAUAGUAGAAAUCGAUUUCGAAUAGCAAAAUCAGAUUUACUUACUGAAGAAUUUAUAGACGAAGAAGAUGCUCCAUCAUCUGAUAUGAAUGAAUUUUUUCUUGUAAAAAAUGUAAUCGAUAGAUCACAAACACCAACAACACAAGCUUUCUAUGAUGCUGUUACAAACUUUGGUUCAUAUUUAAAAACAAAAAGACCAAAUAAUUUUCAAGAUGCAUGCAUUGUAUUGAAAACAUUAGUUGAAAAUGCGUUAAAUACAGAUAUAACAUCAAUUACGCCAAGAAUAUUAAGUAUUAUUCAUUAUCUGAUUGAUCAAGUUGAAUUCUGUUUAGAUUGUUUUAUAGAAAUGGGAUACUUUGAAAUCCUUGAAAGAUACUUCGGAUUUUCUCCAACAAAAGCUCUUUGCUAUGCAUUAUCUAUAUAUGAAGUUCUUAUUUAUUAUGAUCGACAUUUUUUCGAGCCAUUUAUGAAUUUAAUGACUAUUCAGAGGCUAAAAUCUAUAGUAAUUGAUAAGAAAAGUGAUUCUGCAUCAAAAUCGUAUCAAAUCCGUGAAAUUAUCACUGCUCAAUUAGUUGAUAUAUUUAAUUUUGCUGUAACCCAGAAAACCACUGAUGAUAUCAUUCAAGUAGCAAGUGAAACGUUCAAAAUUGGAUUUUCUCCAUUUUGUCCAGAUCCAAUCAAAUCUGAAUGCAUGAGAGGCAUUUAUUCCCUUUACAAAACCGACCAGUUUAAUUUUACAUUAUUUUCUAAUGUAGAAUAUACAGAUUUAAUUACAACAGCUUCUGUUGAAGAAAAUUUUGAAUAUAUUGAAUUGUUUUUAUAUGCAACUAUACCAUUUAUCCCAUAUGAUUCAAUCAUAUUUUCAAAUGAUAUUGCAGAAUUGAUGGAAAUGUGCUCAAUUCACUUCAAUGAUAAAAUUGGGGCUAUUUGCCUUAAAAUCAUUAAUAAAAUGAUACAAAAUGAUGUUAAUGAUAAUAAUCUACAAUCAUUCUUAGAUCAGAACGGAAUUCAAUUUUUGUGUGAAUAUUCUUCAAGAUUUAAUUUUGUUACAUUAAAGAGUGCACUUAAAGUAUUAUUAGCCAUCAUAAUUACUCCACUUGAACCCGAAAUGAUAUAUUAUUUGUUAACAGAUGAAGUAUUUACGAUUCUUCAAAACGCAUCUUCAGUUGAUAACGAAAAGAUUGCAGAAAAUAUCUUCAAAUCUUAUGAAUUACUUUAUUCAAGGUCUAUUGUUGCUAAUCUUCUCGAAAAUUAUAUGGAUCUUAUAAAUAGAUAUGGAGUUUAUGAAUGGCUCAAUGAAUAUUAUGAUGAUUGUAGUGAUGAGUUGAUAGAAAGAUUUGAAAUCUUCAUGAACAAAGUAUUUGGUCAAAAUGAGGAAUAA